CUCUCGGCUGUUUGCGUUUGAUCCAUCCAAACCGUUUCAUUUCUCUCUCGGGCGUAAACUUGCGAUAUAGGACAGACUACUUAUCACGACCAUGACGGAAAAGAACGACGUCAUCGAAGAUAUUAUCGAAAAGGCAAAGCCGAUUUUCGGCAACAUGACCUUCGGGGCCGUAAUGGGUUACUGCAGUGGUAUCGCCCUGCAGAAGGUAGGCAAGGCGCUUGCUGUAAUAGUGGGAAUCGGCUUUGUUGGUCUCCAAACUGCUGCUUCCAUGGGCUACAUUGUUGUUGACUGGGAGAAAAUUCGGGUCAGCGUCGUAAGCUCCAUUGAUCAGAACAAGGACGGAUUCUUCACCGCAGACGACGCCAAAAUUUUCUGGCAAAAGUUCAAGAAGCUUAUGGUCCACCGAGUUCCUUCGGCUGGAGGAUUCAGUCUAGGUUUUUUAUACGGAGUGCGAAGUGGUUAAGUCUAUUGCGUCGAUUCACUGCGGUAUAACAUGGGCCAUGCCGGGGACACGUAGCUUCUUCCAGCAGUUGCCUUGGACGCUUUCACAUGUAUUUUUCAAGUUCUCGCGUAGUUUUCAAGCUAUACUUGCUUUUAAAACGUGUUUACACAAGUAAUCUUCGCCAUGCUU